AUGGCCACAGAGCAAAAAGAAGACCCUCAUACUCUGCAGAAGGAAGAGGAAGAGAAGGAUUUCAAUCUCGGAUCUGACGAAUCUGAAGCUCCAUUUCCCCUCGGUGUCCCUUCUAGGGUAUUGUAUAUGUUAGGGACAUUACGGCAGGUCCGGCGUAUCGCUUCACGCAAUGGGUGGAAUUGGUUCGUAAGCGUAGCGGCACGUACCGGUCCUCCGGAUUCCCACACCGGCCUCAGAGAACCAAUACUAUGCCCUUGA